AUGGCUGAAGAAAAUAAGUCAUCUAUUGGCAUUGACUUAGGAACUACAUAUUCUUCUGUUGCAUAUUUUGAUGUUGUUAAAGGUGAACCUGUCAUACUUCAAGAUGAACUAGGAAAAGAACAAGUAGCUUCAUGGGUUAGUCUUUCACAAUUAGAUAAAAGUGGUAAUGUUGUUGUAGGGAAUGCUGCUAGGAAUAACACACAACAGACUUGUGUUAUUUAUGACUCAAAAAGAAUAAUAGGAAGAAAUGAAUGUGAUGUGAAUUAUGAACACUGUGAUAAUUAUCCAUUUGAAGUAAAAUGUAGAGAUAAUGGAAGUGUGUGUAUUGAAUGUUAUAAUCCAAAGACUCAAGAUGUUGAAGAAUUUGAACCAGAAGAAAUAAGUGGAAUGAUAUUAAAAUAUAUUUAUGAUAUUGUAAAAAGAAGAAUUGGCAAUAAUACAAUAUCAAAUGUUGUUGUUACUGUUCCAGUUGAUUUUAAUGAUACACAAAGAAAUGCAACAUUGUUAGCAUGUCAAUUAGCAGGAGUUGAGAAUGUUGAACUUGCUAAUGAACCUACAGCUGCUAUUGUUGCAUAUAAAAGAGAAUAUCCAAAUUCAUUAAAAGAAGGAAAUAGAGUUUUAGUAAUUGAUUUUGGAGGAGGAACAUUAGAUGUGGCAUGUUGUAAAAUAAUAAAUGAUAAUUAUAUUAAAGUAGAAUCGAGUGGAGGAGAUCAAAAUUUGGGAGGAAAUGAUUUUGACAAAGUGAUGAUUGACAUUAUUAAAGAAAAGGUCGAAGAAAGUGUGAAAGGAUAUUAUGAAAAGAAACGAGGAAUGACUCAAAAAGAAAAGAUAAUUCUUAAUAAGAAAUUAAUUAGAUUAAAGAAAGAGGCAGAACGAAUUAAAAUUGAAUUAAGUGGGAAACCAGAUGCUGAAUUAGAUUUAGAAACAUUACUUGGUGAAUAUUAUGAAGAUUAUGAAGACAAUGGCAUUGAAUUUAUCAUUAAAAGACAAGAAUUUGAGGAAGAAUGUGAAAAAAGAGGAUUAUAUAAAAGAUUUAUUGAUAAAAUAAAACAAGUCACUCAAAGAAAAGGAUAUAAAAAAGGAAAUGUUCAAUUAGUAUUAUUAAUUGGUGGAACUUGUGAAAUGCCAAGAAUUAGAGAAGAAGUUGGGAAGUCAUUUGAUAUAAAAACAUUUGCUGAUAAGAAUUUUAAUCCACUUACUGCUGUUGUAAAAGGAGCUGCAUAUUUAGCAUAUUCAAAAGGUAUGAAUAGCAUCUGUAGUAAAUUUAUAUAUGAUAUUGUUCCAACACCAAUUGGAAUAGAAGUAGAAGGAGGAAUGUUUCAAAAACUUAUUAACGAUGGAGAAACUCUUCCUACAAAAGUAAUUAAGAAAAGAUAUUCUACAACCAUUACUAACCAGAAAUUUGCUAAAUUUAAUAUUUAUAAAGGAUUUAGUACAUAUGUUAGUUCAGAUGACUUUAUCACUACACUUCGUAUUGAUGGAAUUCCUGAGGGAAAAAAUGGAAGACAAACAAUUGAAUUUACAAUUCAAUAUGACCAAAAUGGGAUGAUGAAAUUAACUGCCAGUGUUGUUGGAACUGAUGUUAAAGGUGAUUUAAGUGUAGAUGUUGAUUUAUCUAAAAAAGAAGAAGAAGUUGAAAAAAUAUUGAAACACUUUAACAGUUUUUUUAAAUGA